UCGACGGGACUCGGACUCGGGGCUGUUGCGACGGUCGUUUGCAGCCAGUCCAUCACCUUGUUGGUGUGGCAGUGGCCAAGAGAGAAUGGACGAGAGGACAGACGUGAUGUGUAUCUUUCCAGCCUCGUGUCGACAACUCGGCCGCGUGACUUGCCAGUUGCCAGGCGGACAGAUUGUUCUCCACCCCACCCCACCACCCCGUUCAAUUGUUCAUCCUUUCCAUUCGAGUCCCCGUCUGGCAGUCUCGUGGACAAGAUGUGAUUAUAUCCCAACGGUGUGA